UACUUCUUGAUACUUGACAGCUUCACAAGACUGUGUAAAGCAAAGACUUGUUGUGUAGUUCACUGAUCAACAUCAUUUCUCUAUAAUCGUGAAAAUGAAGAUGUCAUUUCAUAUCGGUGAAAAUGAAAUUAUCUUGUUUGACGAAUGGCAUACAAUGAGUUGGGACGGUCUUGGAUGGUCGAUGGUCGGUAUUAUUCUGUUGACGUCUAUUUACGAAGGUUUGAAGAGCUAUCGCGAUCACUUGUAUAUCAACGUAACACGUUUAAAAAAAAAUACAGGAAACAGCCGUGAAUCAUUCGAUGUAAUUACAAAAGGAUCGACUGUACAGAAAUAA